UCCCGGGGCGUGGGCGGGGCGUGUUGGGUGGUGUCCGGCGUUGGCGUUGGGAGCGGUGCGGUGGGGCCCGGGACGGCAUGUGGGGCGGCCUGGGGGUCGGUGGGCGUCUGGGGCCCGCGGGGGCCGGCGAGGCCCCGGUGACCGUCGCCUUCGUCAGCGGCCGCGACUGCUUCCUCCGCCUGCCGCGGGCCCUGACGGCCCGGCUGGGGCUCCGCCAGCACCAAGCUAUAGAAGUGGUCGGGAACACCAAGCCGGUUUUCCUGAGCUGGGUGGAAGGUCGAUCCGGUGACCACGACGAGAACGUGGUUGAGAUCAGCCGGAAGGCUGGCACCAGGCUGGGGCUCGCCGACGGAGACCAGGUGUUUCUCAGGCCCUGUCCCCAGACGGUCUCGUGCCGGCGGGUUGAGGUGGAACCUCUCUCGGCGGACGAUUGGGAGAUUCUGGAGCUGCACGCCUCCUCUCUGGAGCAACAUCUUCUGGAUCAGAUCCGGAUAGUCUUUCCAGGAGCCGUUUUCCCCAUCUGGGUCGACCAGCACACCCACGUCUACAUACGGGUCGGUGCCCUGCUGCCCGCAGCCCCUUUCGCCCGGCUGGAGCCUCAGACCGAACUUUUUGUUUGUCCUAAGACCCGACAAGAUGGGGAAGGGGCCACCGCCACGUCGCCUCAGGCCCAGGAGGGUGGGAGUCCUGGGGAGCCAGGGACCAUGGACUGCAGCCGGGAGGGUCCGCGAGGCAGAGCACUGGUGCCAGACCACCCAGAGGCCUCGGGGGUCUCCUGGGCGAUGUCCGCCCUCUGGAGCCUCGUCGGGAGAGUUUUUGCCGGCGGGACGGAAGGGGAGCGGGGAGCCCCUGGGAGCCCAAGUGGACCGGGUAGCACCCCCAGCCUGCCAGCAUCGCCCCUCUGCGGGGACGCCCUCUUCCGGGUGUGCCGUACCCCGCCUCCUGGAGCGGCCCCCACGGCCCAACAGCCCCGGGCCAUCCACGUCUCUCCAUGGACCUGGGACAUUUGGGGGCCGGAGCCCGGGGGUCCUGUGACUUACGGCCACCUGGAGACAGUGCCGUCCCCACGGCAGCAGCGGCACAGCCGAGCCGAACCCGGGGCGGCCGUCCGAGACGAACAGCCGGUGUGCGUGACCCAGGUGGUGCCCAUAGUCUGGAGUGGCCUGGCACACUUGAAGGAUGCCCUGACAUCUCACCAACUCACAGGCGCUCUACACGCUGGGAAAGUCUGGAUUCCAGGCAGCCUGAGAAAGAGCCUGAACAUUGACAUGCACACGACGGUCACAAUCAGACCCACAGAGAGGAGCCCCAAGACCCCGAUGGCCCUUCAGCUGCAACCCAGGGAGAAGUUGAAAGACGUGGAUGAAGAAGAUGUAAGAUCGGCUUUCAGGGCCUGGCUCUGCUCGACCGGUCCCCGGAUCUUGGCUGAGGAAGAGCGCAUCCAGCUGCAAGUGGGAGAAGGAAUGAAGGAAUUCUACCUCAGUGCCGUCCAACCUCCUGAACCCGAGCCAAGCGGGGAGGAGAGUGUGUACACCCUGAGUGCCAGCAUCCUGCAGGAGACCAGUAUUCAAGUUCUUCUCCACCCCAGGACACUGGAGGACAACAAGGAAGCAGCGGCCUGGGAUGACCUGGAGGAGAACCUCCCUUUUAGGAAACUGAGCUCCUUAGGGGGCGUGUCAGACCUCGGGGCCACCUUGCUGGACCACAUCACCCACAGCCUCUUGGGACGCCCCCUGUCACAGGCUCUGGCCUCAGCCGUGGCGGGCCUGCGCAAUGGAGCCGUCCUGCUCACGGGACCAAAGGGCAGUGGGAAGACGACCGUGGCCAAGGCCGUCUGCAGAGAAGCGUCUGACGGACUAGACGCCCAUGUGGAAGUCAUUGACUGCAAAGCCCUGAGAGGGAAGAGGUUCGAGAACGUCCAGAAGUACCUGGAAGCAGCUUUUGCCGAAGCGGUGUGGAAACAGCCAGCCGUGGUCCUCCUGGAUGACCUCGAUCACCUGGUUGGGGCGCCGGCCUCUCCUGAGCACGAACAUGGCCCUGAUGCCCUGCAGAGCCAACGGCUGGCACAUGUUCUGAAGGAUCUGGUCAAAGAAGUGGCUUCAAUGGGCAGCUUCGUUGCCAUGAUCGCCACCAGCCAAAAUCAGCAUUCCCUUCACCCCCUCCUCAGCUCCAGCCGGGGGUCGCCCACGUUUCAGUGCUUUCAAGAUAUCCAGGCCCCAGACCAGGAGCAGAGGGGGGACAUGCUGCGCUGCACCAUCACCGAAGCCCUUCACGUCGGCCCGGACCACCUGCACGCCCUCGACCUCCCCAGUAUCGCCAAGGCAACCGAAGGGUUCAUCGCCCGCGACUUCACCCUGCUCGUGGCCCGUGCCACCCACGCCGCCCUCUCCGCCCGGGCUGUGGAUGCCCCCACAGAGCUCAUCUUGUCGACGUCGGACUUUGAAAAAGCCCUGGAAGGAUUUACGCCCGCCUCUCUGAGAGCCGUGGGUCUGCACCAGCCCAGGGGCCCGGGCUGGAGCGGGGUUGGCGGCCUGCACCAAGUCCGGCAGGUUCUCAUCGACACCAUCCAGCUGCCUGCCAAGUACCCGAGUCUGUUUGCCGACCUGCCCAUUCGCCAGAGAAUGGGAGUGCUGCUCUACGGGCCCCCCGGAGUGGGGAAAACCCUAUUGGCUGGAGCCGUCGCCCACGAGAGCGGACUGAACUUCAUCUGCGUCCAGGGGCCAGAGCUGCUCAGCAAGUUCAUCGGAGCAAGUGAGCAAGCCGUUCGUGACGUGUUUUCCAGGGCUCAGGCAGCCAGGCCGUGCCUCCUCUUCUUUGACGAGUUCGACGCCAUCGCCCCACGCCGCGGCCACGAUAACACCGGAGUGACCGACCGCGUCGUCAACCAGCUGCUCACACAGUUGGAUGGCGUGGAAGGCUUGGAAGGGGUCUAUGUGCUGGCGGCGACCAGCCGCCCUGACCUGAUUGACCCUGCUCUGCUGAGACCUGGCCGACUGGACAAGUGCGUGUACUGCCCCCCUCCCCUGGACCAGGCUUCACGCUUGGAGAUCUUGCAGGCCCUGAGCGCCUCCCUGCCUCUGGCGGACGACGUGGACUUCCAGCCCCUGGCCGCGGCGACCGAGGCCUUCACCGGCGCUGACCUGAGGGCCCUGCUUCACAACGCCCAGCUGGAGGCCUUGCGGGGCCGACUGGCCUCACCCCCCACCCCAGACCUCGGGUCUGGCUCGGACAGCGACCUGAGCCUGUCCUCCAUGGUGCUCCUGAGCCACAGCAGCGGCUCGGACGACUCGGACCAGUCCCUGGUCUCCCUGGAGGCGGCCGAGCGGCUCCCCGAGGACUCGGCCGCCUUCAGCGUCUACCGUCUUUACUUCGGCAGCUCCUAUGAGUCCGAGCUCGGGAGUGGCACGUCUCCAUGCCCGAGUUCCCAGGGAACAUCGGGACCAAGCUCCGGACUCCACGAUCUGGCCGGCCUGCUGGGCCGAGAGCAGGACGGGGGCCGGGACCUCACGCCGGAACAGAGGGACCGGCUUCGGGCGGACAUCAGCGCCAUCAAGGACAGUUACAGGAGCCCCAGCAGGGACGAGGAGCCCGUCUGUGGGCCGGGCCCAGCUAAGAGUCCGCUGCUCGUCUGCCAGGCGCACUUGAUGGCGGCGCUGAGCCAGACUCGCCCCUCCCUCAGCACAGAAGACUGGAAGACCUUUACUGAACUCUACGACAACUUCCAGAAUCCGAGGAGGAGGAAAGGUCAAGGUGUGGGGGCAGCUCUCAGGCCGGGCCAGAAGGUGACUUUGGCGUGAGCGGACCAGACCGGGGGCCCGGACAACCGGGAUGGAGGCGGGAGCCAAGCUCACCAGCUGCUGCCCCCACCAGCACCAGUUUCGGAGAGGCGGGACAGCAGGGCAGGGCGGGGUACCCGUGGGGCAGCUCGGGACGGAGAGCUCAGAGCCGGCCCUGGGGGAGGGGUAGGCCUGGAUCUCCCCCGGGGCUCUCGCGUGGACUGUACUGUUGCCCCAGCGCUGUUCAUUCAGCAACCCAACAACGCUCUGGCCGCAGACAUGUUAACGCUGUGAAUAAAGGGUGGCUGAGUUCAAAAUGGUUUGAGCUUCCACCUCGCCGGCUCUGGA